AGUACGUCGCUUCGAGCCACUCCCUCGCGGCCAACUUUUCCCCUGUUCGAACCGAGUUUUUUGGGCCACGAGACGUUAUUAUCAUUAUAUUUGUUUGUAGUUUUUUUUUAAAUAUUCGGCGAAAGGGAAAACCACAAUAACCCUUUCAACUAUGCAUAGAAUGUGUAGCAUGACAACACUACUAUAGUUUUUGAAAGAAUAUUGUUUUGAAAGAAUAUCAUAUCACCGUUAUAACUUCUGAAAAAGAUAUACAGCGACAGUAAAAACAAAAACAAAAAAAUACUUCUUUCCCUUAAGAUUACGCAGAUAAUCAUAACAUUAACGCGCGAGACAGUGUUACCACAAUGAGAACUUGAAAUGUGUGAAAUUUACGAACGAGAUCCCCACGGAGGCCCGAGGGAAAGGAGGGAGGAGCACGGUCGUCGAGGUGUGGGAACAAUGAAGCCAGGAUCCUCGUCUCGGGCUGAAGGAGGCGAAAGAGGAGGAGAAGGAGAAACAGAAAGAGGAGAAGGAAGAGGACAGGGCACCGCCCCUCACGCGAGAAUCCUCGGUCGCUUCGCCUCCUACCGACUCUCACCGAUGCCCUGCCUGCUGGUGCUGUCCGCUCUGCUUCACCUCGCCACGGCUUCCGACGUCAUCAGAAUAGGUGGCUUGUUCGACCUGUCCGACGAGCGUCAGGAGGUCGCUUUUCGUUACGCCGUCGACGCCAUAAACAGUGACCGGAAGCUCCUUGCGCAUGCGCGGCUCUCGGCGCAGAUCGAGAAGAUUCCGCCGAGCGAUUCCUUCAGAGGAUCAAGAAAAGUGUGCUCUUUGCUCAAGACCGGAGUGGCAGCGAUCUUCGGGCCUCAGUCUGGCCAGACCUCCGACCACGUGCAGUCGAUCUGCGACGCGCUGGAAAUCCCUCACAUCGAGAACAGAUGGGAUUUCAGGCUCACGAGGGACGCCUAUUCGGUCAACCUGUACCCGCACCCGUCGACGCUGGCGAAGGCCUACAUGGAUGUCUUGAAGACCCUCGGCUGGCGGAAGUUCUGCAUCAUUUACGAAAACAACAACGGCCUCAUUCGCGUGCAAGAACUUCUGAAGGACCAGAGCUUUCAGAUUAGUCUGAGACAACUUCCGCUCUCGGAUGAUUACAGACCGAUGCUGAAAGACGCGAAGAAGGACGGCGUAACACACAUUGUCCUCGACGUAGAGAGGGACAACAUCUUCACCGUCCUGAAGCAGGCGCAGCAGAUUGGGAUGAUGACGUCAUAUCACAACUAUUUCAUCACUUCUCUGGACCUGCACACCGUCGACCUCGAAGACUUCCGCCACGGCGACACCAACAUCACGGCGCUGACGAUCGUGGACCCGGAGAACCCGUUAGUCCAGCAGGUGAUCCAGGACUGGGUCUUCGGGGAGCUGCGCCACGGGAGGAACGUCGAGAACCCGGAGAACACGCUGAAGAACAGUAAUAUGACCCAACCCAAGUCGUCCCCCCUCCCCAUCCCGCAGACGGAGGUGGCACUCAUGUAUGACGCCGUGCACCUCUUCGCCAAGGCACUCGAUGACCUCGACCGCUCGCGCCACAUUGACAUCACGCCCCUGGAGUGCGACGGAGACAUCACCUGGGUGCACGGGAACUCCCUCAUUAACUACAUGAAGUGGGUCCAGGUGAACGGACUGACGGGCCUCAUCAAGUUUGACACAGAAGGUUUCAGGCGGGACGUGACGCUCGACAUUGUGGAGAUGAACAAGGAGGGUCUCAAUAGAGUUGGCAAGUGGGACCCGACCAGCGGAGCCAACUACACGCGAACGUACAGCGAGAUUCAGCAGGGCAUCGUGGAGAGCCUUCAGAACAAGACACUUAUUAUCUCCACUAUUCUCGCCUCCCCCUACACCAUGCUGAGAGAAACGUCAGAACAAAUGACAGGAAAUGAUCGUUACGAAGGCUUCUGCGUCGACCUUAUCCACGAGAUCUCCGAGAUCAUUGGCUUCAACUACACGUUAAAGUUGGCGGACGACAGUAACCAUGGGAAAUUCGACCAGAAGCUCCAGAAGUGGAAUGGAAUGAUAGGCGAGCUUCUCGACCAGAAAGCUGACCUGGCAAUCGGUGACUUGACAAUCACAUACGAGAGAGAGCACGCUGUCGACUUCACAAUGCCCUGGAUGAACCUAGGCAUAAGCAUCUUGUACAGGAAACCUACCAAGAAACCACCGAACCUUUUCAGCUUCCUGUCCCCGCUCUCCCUCGAUGUCUGGCUCUACAUGGCGACGGCUUAUCUGGGCGUCUCGCUGCUCCUGUUCGUGCUGGCGAGGUUAAGUCCCUAUGAAUGGAUCACAUCCUUUCCAUGCAGAGAAGAGGAAGAAAAGUCAAUGGAAAAUCAGUUCAGUCUCAACAAUUCGCUAUGGUUUACAAUGGGCAGCCUACUACAGCAAGGCACUGACCAGCAGCCCAAAGCGGUGUCCACCCGCAUCGUGGCCGGCAUCUGGUGGUUUUUCACACUCAUCAUGAUCUCCUCGUACACCGCCAACCUCGCUGCUUUCCUGACGGUGGAGAGGAUGGAGUCUCCGAUCGAAUCCGCGGAGGACCUCGCCAAGCAGACCAAGAUCAAGUACGGCUCCAUGUACGGCGGAUCCACGUGGAACUUCUUCAGCUCCUCCGAAGUACCGACGUACCAGCGGAUGUUCAGCUUCAUGGAAUCCCAAAACCCGAGUGUGUACACAAAAUCCAACGAGGAGGGGAUGACGCGGGUACUCAAGGGCGACGGCCAGUACGCCUACAUGAUGGAAUCGUCGAGUAUUGAGUAUAUUACGGAAAGGUACUGCGAUCUCACCCAAGUCGGCGGACCUCUCGACUCAAAGAGCUAUGGUAUUGCUCUGCCGCCAGGCUCGCCCUACACGAACACCAUCUCGGAGGCAAUCCUGAACUUGCAAGAGAGUGGAAAUCUCCAAAAGCUUAGGACGCGCUGGUGGAAGCAGAAAAAGGGAGGGGGGAAGUGUGAAGAUGACGAGUCGAAGAGUUCAUCAAAGGCCAAUGAACUCGGUCUGAACAACGUCGGCGGUGUGUUCGUGGUCCUGCUGGCCGGAAUGGGACUGGCGUCGGUCGUGGCGGUGUGUGAAUUUGUGUGGAAAUCAAGAAAGUUGGCAACCGAGGAACACGACCUUCCAUCACACGCCUCCCGCGAGAAGCUGGGGCCUGACGACAUCCCGACGCCCCCCCUGGCUGCCAUCAGGGGCGCGCAGUCCCUGGACCGCAUUUCCCGCCGGUCCGCGCCCCCAGCGACCCCGGAGGCGGCAGCAGAGGAACAGCAGGAGGGCAACCUGCAGUCUCCGGACUUGCCCUUCCAGCUGAUUUCCACCGUAUGACGCUAGGGGAGCCUGGGUCACCGCCGGUCGCGUCACACAGCGAUCACGCACAUCGCUCGAUCACAGCUCUGAUUCUUGACGGAUCUUCGUUCGUGUUUUCAGUUUCGCUCCGUUCUGAGAGGUUCGAGAGGCGGAUUAAAUGAGCUUCGAAUUUUUUUUCUCCUAACUACGGCGCAUUAAAAAAAAAAAUGAUAAUAAAACAAAAAAUUGGUUGAAGUCAGUGAAUUACGUUUUUUUUUCGUUUUUCUUUUUUAAAUUUUCGUGUACAUAAAGCGUUGAUUUUCCUUACCCUUAGUAGUCCAGUGUCCAAAUUUACAUAUGGAAGGUGCGGUAUUUAGCUUCACAUGAUAGUUUGACAUUGCUUUUAGUGAUAUUCCUCUAUACAUGAAAACUAUAAGCUUUGCUAUAUAUCUUGUCAUUAACUUUAAUCAUAACCAGAGUUGCUAAUCAUAUGACUAUAUCCGUAAAUAGAAGAUAUCUAGCUGACCAGCGGUGACCUAGGCAAUCUAGCAUCAAGUUGUGUGACUGUCUUGUCGUUCCCUGAAUUAACGAAAUCUUGCGUGACAAAUCAUUGACACUUUGUGACUGUAUGAAUUCGAGUACUGUGUGAAGAGACCUCUUUUUCUGAAUGUACUGUGCAUGUCAGUCGGCACGCCAGGUUCCGGAGGCACUCGUGGUGCAGAGAAGCUGUUGUUCGUUGCACUGCACUGGUGACAAUGACGAAAUCUCUUCAUUUUGUGUCGGUGGAGUCUUUGUCUGUGUUCAUUGUGAUAAAAAAGACUUACAGCGAGAAGAAACUCGAGAAGACAAGGAAAAGGAUUACUGCCUGUUAAACUAAGGGUGCUGUUACAGUAACAGUAAAAAGUGUAAAAUACAUGGGAAUGAACAUGCUCUUCUGAAACCGUUGUUUUGUUGAUAUUCAGACUUUCUGUAACAAACAUUUUCACUGAAAAUAUAGAAACUAUUGCAUUAAGAUUACCUUUUGUACUGAAAUGAGAAAGACAUGUAAAUACACAAGAAAAAAUCUGUGUUUUAGGUGCUCUUAAUAAUUUACUGGGAUAGUGAAUAUUGUUGUAUCUUUAUUGUUUGAAAAUCAUUUUACAUUUUAAGUUUUCACAAAAUGUUCUUUUAAUCAUUGUGGCGAAAAAAGUGACAAAGAAGCAAUUGUGAAGCAGCGUGAAAGCUCCAGUAUGGGAGGAUUUUAUAUGAAAAAAAAAAAAAACGAAAAAGGAAAUAAAUUAACUUAAAGUGUCACAGCACACUAUCAGGGACCAAGCAUCUUUAUUCAGAAAAGAAGAGAGAGGAUCCACAAAGAUAAGUAAAAAAGAAAAAGAGAAAAAACAAUCAAUAGACGAGAUGUAAAAGAAAAUAAGAUUUUUAUGAAUACAUAAAAUUACAUUAGCUGAAACAGGAGAGGGAAAACUGUACCAAGAUCCAGUCAGAGUUUGAAACAGAAGCGUCUCAAGAUUUUACAUAAUGAGACAUGUUUAUUUCCAAUUUUUUGUUUACCUAUUGUUUGGACAUUAGACCUUCAUAAGUUAAUAUUAAGAGAUAUAUUUUUACUAACAGAUCUUGAUAGAUAUAGGCUAAGUAUCCAUAUAGAAAGAAGAAAAUUAUUCCACUCAAACUUUGGACAAAUUAUUAUUAUUAUUGUUAUUAUUAUUAUUAUUAUUUUUAUUUUUAUUAUUAUUAUCCUUAUCAUUAUUAUUAUCAUUACUGUCAUUUAUUACAAUAAUAAUGGCGGUGAUGAUUAUUAUCAAUAAAAUUAUCAUCAGUGUUAUUAUUAUUUGUGCUAUGCUUUAUGAGGGCAAUAUAUAGCAAUAAUCUGAAAAAAGUUUUUUUCAACUUUUCAUUUAAAUUUCUUCAGUUGCCAUAUUUUUCCAUAGACUUAUUUUUUACAUUAUUAUUACAUUAUUAUUAUCAUUAUUAUUAUUCCUAUUAUUCUUAUUGUUGUUAUUAUUAUUGUUGUUGGUAUCAAAAUAUUGAUAAUAAUAAUAAUAAUGAUUAUUAUUAUUGUUAUUAUUAUUAUUAUUACUAUUAUUACUAUUAUCAUUACUAUACCUAUUAUUAUUUUCAUCAUCAUUGUUGCCAUAUUUCUCAUCGUAUUUUACUAUUGGCAAUGACCAGAGUUUUAGUGGUACAUGUAUCAUGGAACUACAUCUCUCAUUGUUUAUAAAGACAUAGAAGAAUGCUUUUUUCUGCUUCGCUAACUUUAUAUCACGCAUCGCUACAAACCGAAUAACUUCCUUUUUGGUUGACACGCUUCACGUGUUGCUUAUCUUUGAUUUUGGCAGUGUUAAUUGUGUUGAUAAGACAUCAUGCAAUCAGUGUUUCGUGAGAGACAAACUUGCUAGAGUCGGCGACAAGCAAUAUGUUCAAUUUAGCAUGUUAUAUUUAGAUAUUUUUAUAUACUAGGUCACUUUAUGCGUCAGUCAUUUGUUUUGCGCACACAUGGAAUGUUUCGCGACCAAUGAAGAUACGACUGUACUUGUACUAAAUUGUACUAAAAUCGUAUACAUUUUUUGAAAAGGGGCACGGUAAGAGUUUUUUUUUUUUUUCAUUUGUAGUAGUUAUUGGCAAUUAAAAAAAAAUAGAAAAGAAAAAAGAAUACUGAAAGGCAGCAAUAGAAAACAACGUAUUGAAAGAAGGAAUCCUUGCUAAACAUAUCUUUAUAUAAGACUGACGGACUGUUUGUUUCUUUGUAUUUUCGUGUGCGUUUUAUUGCUUUUGGUAAUGUCAUUUGUGUUAUAUUGGAUGUAAUGUCACGUGCUGUUGUUUACUUGUUGAAUGAGGUUUUGUGACCAGGAGAGGGUAUGUUGUAAACACUUCUCUGUGGUCGAUUCAAUAUAUGAUUUUUAUUAACCUCUGUAAUAUGAUGCUAUGUACUCUCAUUUGUAUACGAAAUGUUUCAAAAUAAACAGAUUUAAAUGAGGAUUUUUCAAUA